CGGAAGUACAUCAAAGAAUAAGGUCCAUAGAAACACUAACAACAUGGACGUUAGCAGUAAGAGCGAUUCCCGUUAAAUAAUUUGUCAAUUCAGAUAUCCAACCUAAAGGGACUUAGACCAGAACCAUGGGCAAAGGACAACAAGUGGCAGGGAUGUUGAGUGGAACGGAUGCUAUCCACAUUGCCACGGUCCUUGAGGACUGUGUGGAUCAGCUGGCGGUCCUCGGGCGGAUCAUGCCUGCUUCAUUCGAGGCGCGAUCAGAUGCGGUAGAGAUGGUCAGUAAUGAGCUGAAUCAGCUAGUAUCAGGACAGAAAGAGCUGGAGCUGCGAUAUCAGACAAUUCUUGCCAAGAAACUGGAUCUGAUGAGUAGUACCAAAAACCAGGACCGUCUCACCGAGGUGGAGAAGGAGGUCAUUGAGGCUGGGGCUGACCUCAAGAACAGCACUCAUGUGUUUGGACGAAGCCUACGUCAGAAUCCAUUAACUGGAGACAACAUGGUCAAAGUUCAGGAAGACAGGAUGUUUGUGGAGAGAUGUAUGUCGGACACUCUGUCCGAGUGUAUACAGAACUGUAGCUUCCAGGCCCUGGCCGAGACGGUCCGCACACAGAAAGAAAGGAAGGCGCGGCUACAGGAGACCAUCCUUAAAGAAGAAAAUGGCAGAAAGCAUGUGAAGAUGCUACAUAAGAAGCUGAUAGACAUUCAGAAGGAGAAGGAGAUAGAACUUCAACAGAGGAACAACAUGAUCGCUCACUUCAAGGACCAGCUGCAGGAGAUGAAGGCCAAGACGGACAUGGAGGGCAAGUACCUGAAGAAGAGCGCCGAGGUUACCGUCGCACAGACCCAGAAAAAGUGCACUCUCUCCGAGAAGGCCAUGCAAGAUGAAAUUGAGAGUUUGAAGCACCAGAUUGAGGAGGAAAACAGGUGUAACCAGGAGAUAGAGAACUAUCUGAGGGCUCAUCAAGAGGAGCUGGAGAAGAAGGUGGAUUUCUGGAUGGAGAAGUAUGAGAAGGAUGUAGAGGCCAAACAGCAUGAACUGGAUGUCCUGAAAGCCUCCAAAGCCAAGGACCUGGACAAGCUGCAGGAACUCACCAAACUUUAUAAGGAGUAUGAGCAAGUUGUUGUAGAAGACAGAAUAGAGAAAGAGAAAGCCCGAAGAAAGGCAGACCAAGAGGCCAUUGAGCUUAGAGCAGCAAUCAGGGUUCAGUCCUGGUGGCGUGGUGUCAUGGUUAGGAAAGGAUUUGGACCAUACAGUAAGAAAAAGAAAGGAAAGAAGGGCAAAAAGGGAAAGAAAGGCAAAAAGAAGAAGUGAAAUCCCUGACUGUGGUUUAUUUUUGUUACCAAUUAUUACAUGUACUCUUUGAUUUAUUGUUCCGUCCAAGAUUUGAGAGAAGUCACAAGGAAAUGACAUUGAUGAACUUUUAGAGUUUUUUCUAAUCAAUGCUGAAAUGUUUAACUAAGGAUACAAGCGUGGUUAAACAUUAUUUUUGUUCCUUUUGCAUAUCAAAUUUUGAUGCACUGAAGAGUAUUUAUACAUGUUUAUAUAUGUUUAUGAUAUUUUGAAUAAAAUUUUAACUCUUAAA